CCCAUUCUGAAUCUCUUUCUUAUUUCCUCAGAGAAAAUCUCUUUUCCCAUUCAAACCAAACUCUCUCUCUCUCUCCCUCUCUCUCUCUCUCUCUCUCUGGAGAACAGCAUCAAGAAUUUCGAAGCAAAAGACUCUUUCCUCUUAUUCCUCUCAGCCGGGGCAGCCUGAAUUCCGGCAUCUGUUCCGAUUCCUCCAUCAAAAAUCCAAUCUUUUGCGCCCUGUCGUGUUCCGGAGAUACGAUUUUUGUCCUGCCCUAUUCUUGCUCUGUUCUGGCCGGUGAUGGGAUUCCCGAAGAAGCCACAGAUGGAUGGGUGCCUGGAACCCGAGGGCAAGAGGUGGGUAAUCGCCGGGAUAUCAAUACGCGCCCCGCUGAAGCCGGUAAACACAAAGCUGAGGCUGAAAGAAGGCGAAGAAGAGGAUGAGGAGCCGUGCUCAACGACCCCGACGUCCAGGGAAUCAAGAAUACCCGAGAAGCUCCCCUGCCCGCCUGCCCCAAGGAAGCGCCGGCCUCCAUCGAAGUGCCACCUGAACGGUGCUAGGGAGUUCUUCGCGCCACCGGACUUGGAGACGGUGUUUAAACUCCGAACGGAGAGGACGAAUUGACUGAGUCCAAAUUCGUAGUUGUUAGCGAAGGCUGAGGUUUUUAGAGUUUUUUUUUUUCUUUUUCUCUUCUUCUUUUGUUGUGUUUUUAUUUUUUAAUUUAAUCUCUUCUCUGCCAAGGGGUUGCUGAGAAGAGGUGACCAUGUACAAUCUUCGAACAUAAAUAUGGGAGAUGACCAUUUGCAUCUUCCUAGUCCACAGUUCGGUUUCCUGUUCGGGCCGGUUGUUCCUGUUCGACUGUAAAGUGAGGAUCUUUGUUCAUCCAUCAGUAGCAAGGUUAUGAAUUUACGAAGCAAUCAGCUCUUAGUUACA